AUGGAGCGCCUCUUCAGUGUUCCCAGUGGCUAUGGCACCACACAACCUUUGACUUACCCUGGCCCCUGGAGACACUGUCAACAGCAAAACUGGCCACAAAACAUGGGAGCUUCCAUUUUCCUAGCCGGGCUUAACGUACCAGCAAAUGUCUCUCAGCCCUGUAUGGACCCUUACAACAGGGCUCAGCUUCAGGCCGUUUCCACUCAGAUGAACCCCAAUCUGAAUCUGUGGCUACGCAGGGCCCACACCAAGGAGGUGGGCGUACAGGUGAGCCUCAGAGUGGACAAGUCAGUGCAGUGCUCACUGGGGUCACGGACACUACACAGCAGCUCCCUCUCGGACAGGACCAGCUCCAGGAAGCCUACCGAAGCUUGGGGAGUAGGGCAGAGAGCCUUGAUUCCACGACCCCAGGAAGGGGAAGACAAGGAAAGCCAAGAGCUCACAGGACCUACAGAGGCCAAUCAGCUGUUGCCACCUACAUGGAGACUGGAUAGUGAGGAGCAGGAGAAACUCCCACGACUGAAGGAAUUGGGGGAGGAAUAUGCCCCCAAUCCUCAGGACAGGAAGAGUAAGCAGUUUUUGGAACCAAAAUACGGCUAUUUUCACUGUAAAGAUUGUAAGAGGAGAUGGGAGAGUGCUUAUGUGUGGUGCAUCUCAGGUACCAACAAGGUUUAUUUCAAACAGUUCUGUAACAAGUGCCAAAAGAGUUUUAACCCUUACCGAGUAGAAGCACUCCACUGUCAGACAUGCUUAAGAUCCUGUUGUUCCUGUUCUCAGAAGAAAAGCCAUAGUGAUCCUGGGAGGCCACAUCGCUAG